AUGCUUACUGAUUCAUCAUUAUUUUACAGUUUCAGCAAGCAAACUGCCGUAAAGGUACAAUUGGUAUUUUUGGAUAUAAAAAUUGGUGCUGAUAAACCCAAAAGAGUCAUUAUUAAAUUGUUUUAUGAUGAAAUGCCUAAAACUUGUGAAAAUUUUAGAGCAUUAUGCACAGGAGAAAAAUCCAAUCCAUAUGUGAAAUUAAAUUUUAGAGAUAUUCCAUUUCACAAGGUUUAUAGCAAUUUCAUGGCACUUGGUGGAGAUAUCUUGAAUAAAGAUGGAACAGGGUAAUGCAGUAUUUAUGGGCCAACAUUCAAAGCUGAACCCAUUAGAUUCAAACAUGAUUAGAGAGGACUAGUUUCAAUGUUCAAUGACGGAAAUGGAAAUAUAGGGUCUUAAUUCUUUUUUACUUUUACAGAUUGCUCAUGGGUUGAUGGAUUGCAUACAGUUUUCGGAAAGAUAGUUGAGGAUUACAGUAUAUUAGACGAGUUAGAAAAAAUUUCAUCAACGAAUGGAGCUCCAAAGAAAUUAGUACGUAUUGUGGAUUCAGGCGUAAUAAUGUGA